AUGCAAGCAUCCAUCUUUGCAUCCAUCUGCAAUCUUCAGUUGUACCGUUUAUGGCUCAGACCGGUUUGACUUAAUUUUAAGGCUGAUCUUGAUCUAGUGUUCGCAGCUUGAAAUUUAGAGAAGGGUGCUGGCAAGCGAAUGCAGUGGGAUGGAACUUCGCAAGAUGCACCCUUUUCUUCACAACAAUCACUUCAAGAGAAAGCUAUGUUGAAUCUUUAGAUAGUUUUUUUUAAAUUUCCAUUUUAUCACAAUAAAAAACACCUUUGUGGUAUGGGCAAUAAAGUGGUCUUUUUCAACGAUAUUAUUGAAGAGUCAAAUGAAGUGUGUUAGAUCAUAAAUAGAUUCUUAACGACAUUGUAUCAAUUUAGAAUAAAAAAGCCAUUGAUAUUCACUAUAUAGUUUUAUUUAUUCUAAAAAAUCAUUUCAUCUCCCUUGGGAUUAAGAAUCAACGUGUGUGACAAAGUCAGGAAUAUAACUAGACUCUUUCAAUCAUAGCUUCUGCUUCUGGUCUAUUCUAAUGAAGUCUGGAAUGUCAAGCCAGUAUUCGCACGCAGUGGCACGUCACUGUGAACACACCCAGAAUAAAAUCCACACUGUGGCCGAGCUGCUUUUAUUGUCUGGACAGUUUCGACCAAUCAAAACAGAGAACAUCAGCUCUGUGGAGGUUUCCAUCGCUUCUGCAAGGGAGCAGAUAAAUUCCUCUUUGAACAUUAUAUUGGAAAUUGUGAAUGAUUUGACGAAAAUCAUGCAUGACAUAAAAACUCGAUGGAAAGUCAUAUGUGAUUACCUGUAUCGAAUGUCUGAUGCCGUAACCGUAUUGGUAGAGCUCAGCUACUUUGCAGUGUACCAAUAUCUCGGUCUGAACAAACCAGAAUCUCUGGAAGCACCUCUCAUAGACAAAUACGCGACUUCUUACGCAGGCCUGGAAAUAAAGCUCAGCUGCAUUCAGUUGAAGAGAGCGCGGAUGGAAGAACUGAGCUCUUCAUUCAUCAUGGAUAUUUGUUCCAAUAUCUCCAAGUACAUUUCAGUGCUGACUGACAACUGCAGGGGAGCCAGCGAGAAUGGGCCUGAUACUGCCACAAAGGACCAGUUCAAACUGGGCAUCAAGAGUGUCACUUGUGCAGCAGGAAGCCUUAUUGCCAGUAUAAAGUGCUACAAGUCUGAGCGGUCUCCUAGAUACCACACUAGAGUUGUGACCUUCUGUGAGCCUGUUCUAGCAGCCAGUAAUGCCUUGGUGAGCCUUGCAACUGAAGACGAGUUUAUAGAUCAUGGAAGGGAACUGUCACCGGAGGAGGCGGAAAUACAGAUGGCCAUCUUUGGUCCCUGUAUGAACAUUGUAUCCGGUUGUGUGCAGAUCUGCAAAUCUCUCCGUGACUACACUUAUGACCCAGGGAAUUCUCACUAUGUACACAAAACCCGCUCUUGCCAGGCUUGCAUAGUCAAAUCUACAAAGCAUCUCAAACACGAGCUUCAAAAACACCUCCACAUGGAUUUCCAAAUGAGAGGCGCAAGUCCUUCAAAGGGGGACAACUAUUUUAGAGAUGUUGACUCUUCAGAUGAGAACCAGCACGAUUUAUCUCCCUUGGGUGGAAGUUUAUCACUGCAAUAUGCUUCGGAGAAUCAUGGGAUGGAAGGGAAUUAUGGGAAGGAUCUUUCACCACGGUCAACUGUAACAGAUGUUUCUUUAGCUACUAGUAUCUCUAGAUAGAUUUUUUGUUUUGAUUAGGUUGACUUAUGUUUACCUGAGUAUGCUCUACUCAGAUAGUGAGCUUUUGGUGUACUAUAGGUUACUAGUCAUGCGUUGAUGUGGGUGCUUGAGUACUAACCCAAGUCCUUUUGGCCAAAAUGUAUUUUCCAGACACAAACCUACUAUUCAAGUAUUGGUCUUUGUAUUAUUAUUUGUUAAUACUUGUGAUGGACCAGUGCAAAAAAGUUAAUGCUACUGGUAUACAGCACAGACUUGGCAUACGUUUUUGAUCACCUCAGCACACAAUGUUAAUGGUGAGGUUUUGUGAUCACGUGUUUGUUGUCUCUCCUUCAGUCUGUAGGUGCAUACAAUUCCACCUUAAUGGCAUGGGAGAUUUUCAACAAACAAAUAUCGCUUGAAUGAUUUGUGUCUGACAGACCUGCUCUCAAAGUUGAUCAAAAUGUUCCAGAUCCUGGUUUAAUGUUUGGUGUGUGAAAUCCUAUAGUCUUCACAUGGUUUACAUAGACUUAAAUAGUACAAUGCUACUCUGGUACUUCAGUGUUAGUUUGUAACAUCAUAAAGAGUUCCUUUACAAAGAUUGUUCACAUUACUAAAGGAAUGGUCUCCACUAAAUUUCAAUAAUUAUGCCCCCCUUCGAAGAAGAGGGGGUAUAUUGUUUUGCACAUGUCGGUCGGUCCGUUGGUCGGUCGGUCCGUUGGUUGGUCGGUCGGUCGGUCCGUCCACCAGAUGGUUUCGGGAUGAUAACUCAAGAACGCUUAGGCCUAGGAUCAUGAAACUUCAUAGGUACAUUGAUCAUGACUGGCAGAUGACCCCUAUUGAUUUUCAGGUCACUAGGUCAAAGGGUAAGGUCACAGUGACUCGAAAUAGUAAAAUGGUUUCCGGAUGAUAACUCAAGAAUGCUUACACCUAGGAUCAUGAAACUUCAUUGGUACAUUGAUCAUGACCAGCAGAUGACCCCUAUUGAUUUUCAGGUCACUAGGUCAAAGGUCAAGGUCACAGUGACUCGAAAAAGUAAAAUGGUUUCCGGAUGAUAACUCAAGAAUUCUUAUGCCUAGGAUCAUGAAACUUCAUAGGUACAUUUAUCAUGACUGGCAAAUGACUCUAUUGAUUUUCAGGUCACUAGGUCAAAGGUCAAGGUCACAGUGACACGAAACAGUAAAAUGGUUUCUGGAUGAUAACUCAAGAAUGCUUACGCCUAGGAUCAUGAAACUUCAUAGGUACACUGAUCAUGACUAGCAGAUGACCCCUAUUGAUUUUCAGGUCUCUAGGUCAAAGAUCAAGGUCACAUUGACUCGAAUGAGUAAAAUGGUUUCCGGAUGAUAACUCAAGAAUGCUUACGCCUAGGAUCAUGAAACUUCAUAGGAACAUUGAUCAUGACUGGCAGAUGACCCCUAUUGAUUGUCAGGUCACUAGGUCAAAGGUCAAGGUCACAGUGACAAAAAACGUAUUCACACAAUGGCUGCCACUACAACUGACAGCCCAUAUGGGUGGCAUGCAUGUUUUACAAACAUCCCUUGUUACUUUAAAAAUCUCCUCUAAAAAUUACAGAUGUUUCCUUAUUGUUUGAGUAAUAACAAUAAUUAGCUUUCCAAAAAGAUUUUUCUGUAUUUUAAAUUAAUUCAUUAUUGUCUGGAGCUUCUCCCUGGGAAAGUGUCACUUAUACUUAUAGACUUCAUGCAAAAUAGUUUUAAAAACAUUGUCCUCAGGAACCGUACAGCCCAAACUUUUGUGUUUGGAAAUACAUCCUGAAAUCGUUCUCAGUAGAGAAUGUUCUGCCUAUGUUCAUUAGGUACAACCUAUCCAUUUCCUUUCAGGGUCGAUUUCGAGUUAGGUUUCAAGACUGCGGGUUAACAUUUCUUUGCCCUCAGGGCUCUUUUGUUUGCUUUCUCAUUUAUUAUCCCUUAUUCUCAUUUUAUCUGUCCUCAUUGUAUAGUGACUGCCCACUUAAAAAAACUCGAGAAGUUGCUGGACAGUUGAUGUUUUUCAAGUUGUUGAAGUUUUAUUUACUUGGUAUAUGUUUAUGACUGUUACAUGACUGUUACAACGAUUAUUCUCAUAAUUUCCUAUUUUCAUAGGAAAGUAGGUAACUCCCAGCUGAUGCUAUGAUUAUUUUUAUUGCAUCAAACAUAAUUGUGUUAGCGUGUUUAUGGAUUAUUAAUAGGUUUAUCAAAUGUGUUAGAAGCCGCUUAUUUGUAAAAAAAUUAAAAAUAGUUUAUAAACAUAAACAAAAAAUUUAAAUUGUCAUUCAGAAACUAUUUACAGAACAAGCACACGCGCAUAGUAACAAACCUUAGCAACCAAUCAUAGGACGAAGGGCCGGAUACGAGAAACAUUGAACAUGAUACAGAUAACUACAGGCAGCCAAGUCUAGCCAGUAUUUUUUCAAAACAUUUGCCUAUUUUAAUCCAGUGUUUGUUGUUACGUCAGAGAAUACACAUUUAACUUAAGAUUGACAUAUAAGCAUCUGUGUUUCUAAAUCUGAUCAGUGAAAAACUUAAGAUUAAUUAUUUUGGAGGGAACAUACUAUGGAUACAGAUUCUAAUGACUAUUCUAUGUUUGACGUUUUUUCAAAAAGUUGUAAUAAACAAUUAUUCUUGUUUUCUAAAUGAUACAUUAGAAACAGUUAAUAAUGUCGUGAACCACUAUGGUCACUGUUAUCUGUGAGAAUAAAACAUGCGAUGUGUAUACAAAAUAUUUUUUCCUAUCGCUAUAAUUUUAAAUGUAAAUUGUCAUUUGUUUACCUCUCGGACUUGGGCUAGUUUUUGUUUUGAAACUACUUUCAGGGGCAAUAUAUAUACAUAUAUGUAUAGAAGUAUUUUCUAAAUUUGGUAAUUGAAUGAAAUGAUUGAUUUGGUAUGCCCCCAGAUCGAAUGAUCGGGGGUAUAUUGUUUUUGGCCUGUCUGUCUGUCAUUGUACGUGUGUGUGUGUGUCUAUCACAAAACUUAAACCUUAAUCAUAACUUUUGCAAUAUUGAAAUAGCAACUUGAUAUUUGGCAUGCAUCUGUAUUUCAUGGAGCUGCACAUUUUUGAAGGUCAUCGUUCAAGGUCAAAGGUUU